AUGGCCCAAGCUGGCGUCGCUCUCGCGCUGUGCGCCCUGCUCCUCCACGGCGUCGCCUGGGAGGCGCGGGCGGCGUCGUACACCGUCGGGAACAGCGCCGGCUGGGACAUCAGCGCCGACCUCCAGUCGUGGGCCGCCGCCAAGAUAUUCAACGUCGGCGACGUUCUAGUGUUCACGUACUCCAAGACCCACACCCUGGACGAGGUGGACGCGGCGGGGUUCAAGAGCUGCAGCGCCGCCAACGCGCUGCUCUCCAGCAGCGACGGCAACACGACGGUGCCCCUGACGGCCGGCGGCGACCGGUACUUCAUCUGCGGCCACCAGAUGCACUGCCUCGGCGGCAUGAAGCUGCACGUGCACGUCACCUCGCCAGCCGGCUCCACGCCGCAGGGAGCCCCCGCGGGAACCGGAGCCGGCGCCGGCGCCCCGCUGGCAAGCCCGGGCGCCGCUCUCGGCCCGGCCGGCGGCACCGACGACGACGCCGGCAUCCCCAGGCUCGACCUCGGCGGAUCGCACCGGGUGGGGGUCGUGUGGCCCGCGCUGACGGCGUUGUGGUUGUGCCUAGCUGCGGCUCUGCUUGCAUGA